UAAAAAAUCUCCUGUCACAAUUUUGCGAUUUUCUGCAUCCAUCCUGGUCGAGAUUACACCACUUGCCGCUAGUUGCAAGCUCAAUCUCUUUAUUCUCCCUCUCCACUAACUGUUCAAUUGCUAUCGAUUCUUUCUCUCGCUUUCUCGGUGCCUUUUUUUCUUUCUUUCUUUCUUUCUUUCUUUCUUUCUUUCUUUCUCUUUCUCUCUUCUUUCCAUUCUCUUUCUUCUGUUCUUCUUACCCUCGUUCCGUUUCUCUUUCUUCUCUUUUAAUUCUCCUUUCCAGGAUCCUCCCUGGUCUCAUCCUUUCCACUCGUUCACAUCCCAGAAUGAGUGCAGCCGAUUCCUAAAUAUCAAACAUCCUGGACCCUCCAACAGCACUCGCAGCCGUUUUUUUCUCCGAUUCCUAGUCCCUGGCGUUGGAGCUAAGCUUCUCUGACUUUCUAACCAUAUUUAAUACUCAACGGUCAGUCAUGACUAGCAUGGUCCAGGCUGACCUCGGGCCUUCUUCCUCGGUGGUGAAAUACAAGGACGACCCCAUUGAAAACCCUCUUCGAUCCGGACAUCCUCAACUCCACCACCCUCGUUCAGCCCUUCUCCAGCAUCAAACCCACCGUCCAAGCUCCCCUCAUCAACCGCCUACUACUAUCCCUCCUACUACCUACGCCUCGCAUUCGUUGUCCAACGGUAUUCCCCAUUCGCCCUACGGACCGCCUCCCCAGGAAUCCUCGUACUACGCGUCGCAUCCCGCUUACACCGCGGCUAGCGCCUCCAGCCAGUAUUCUUCUAGUGGACCUCCGGAGAUUAUGGCAGCCACCACGCAGAUGCAGAGGCCCUAUCCUCCCAUCUACCAUACACCACAAUCAAGCUCGCCAGCAUCGGUAGCCUCUCAACCACACGAUCAACGAACUAUCUACGCCCAGUCGCCCCAGAUGGCUCACCAAGUAUACGGAUACCAGCCUUAUCCGGCGUUGAACACAGUUCAACCGUCACCGUACACGGCGCAUCCAUCGCCUCAGUCCCAUUCUCUCACAACCCAGCCGUUGAUGAUGCCACCCCAUCAGGCACCCUCCACGCAGAUGCCUCAUCCGCCAUCGACGGCCGCUCCCAUCAGCCCGACUACGGCUGCACCGCAGCAGCAGCAUACGCCGCCGCAGAGGUCCGUCUUGAAUGCUUCUCAUCCGGUGACCACAGCACCAACUGUUACCACCACCGUGAGUGCCCCGGCUUCAGUGUCUCAUACGAGCCCUACCAUGGGGACCAGCUCCAGCGCCGCACCCGGUCCUAUUCCGGCAACCACGCCGCUAGUUGUACGGCAAGAUUCCACCGGGGUGCAAUGGAUUGCAUUUGAGUAUUCUCGCGAUCGCGUCAAGAUGGAAUACACCAUCCGAUGCGAUGUAGAAUCUGUCAACGUGGACAGCCUCAGCGCAGGGUUCAAGUCGGAGAACUGCGUCUAUCCACGGGCGUGCUGCAGCAAGGACCAAUACCAGGGCAAUCGGUUGGUCUACGAAACCGAGUGCAAUGCUGUGGGGUGGGCUUUGGCCCAGCUUAACCCGAGCUUACGAGGUAAACGCGGCCUUAUCCAACGCGCCGUCGACAGUUGGCGAAAUAGCAAUCAAGACCCGCGACUGCGCAGCCGGCGAGUGCGAAGGCAGGCCAAGAUUACACGACGGCAGACUGUUGCUCCUCAGGCACCUAUCCACAUGGCUGCCGGAACUCCUCUCACUCCCAACUUGCCUAGCGUAGGCAUGUCGCCGCCUAGCGCCGCACGACCGGGGUAUGGUGGUGGGUUGGCCAUGGGCCCUCCACAGUUGCACCAUCAUCACCAUGCUCGACCUGAUGGUAGUCCAAUCCACGAGGAAGUCAGCGGCACCUCUGAGUUUCCGAACGCUUCUCAUCGUCCAUCUGUCACCGAAGGCCCCCGGCCAACUACAGCAGCAACAGAACUCCGACCAGCGCAGGUCUUCCACGGCUACCCAACUUACCCAUCACCUGCCUCCAGCGCCCGAGCAGGUCCCUCAAUGCCUCCCCUCCUACGAGAAAGCGGACUUAGCACCAUGGGCCGACCCCCGACCGUCGCAACUAGCACUGCCGCACCAGCAGCCCGACCAGACGAAGUUGACGAGGACGAGGAGUACCAACCAAGCAAGGACGAGCUCUUCGGGACCCAGCCCGCCGGCAAACCGCGCAAGUUUAUACUCGUUCCCGAUCCCCACCGUGGAGAAAGUCGAGUGCGCGUUAAGGUCAACCUCGACCAGGCCAAAAUGGACGAGUUGCCCGACUCGUACCGGAUGACGCACUCGGUUUACCCGCGGUCAUACUUCCCCGUGCAUUUGAAGAACCCGCCUGGUCUAACUGUUCCGGGGAAGAGGUACUUCAGAGAUGAUGCGGCAGAGGCAGAGGCGGAUGAUGAGGCCGCGACUGUCGGACGGGUCACGGUGCCUGCGCCAUCGCUGGGUGGAGAGAAUGAUGCGAUUGUGCCGCGGAUGUCGAAGCGACGGCACCGGAAGGAUGCGAUAUUGAAUGAUUUGGGAUACCGGAUGACAUGGUGCCAGAGUCGGACUUUUGUGGGACGAAUGGUAUUUCUGCAGAAAUCAUUGGAUAUGUACCGCAACAAAACGCGAAGCGCCAUGCUAGGCGCAGGCCAGGAUCCGGCGUCGAUUCCCGAGCAUCUCGAGACGCGGACUGGUAAACGACGUUUCCUCGAGCGAAGGAAGCGGAAGACGACUCCCGCUUCGAGAAUGAAUGCAUCCCGACGCAGUGCGGAAGAGGUCGAGGCUUAACCUGCAUUUGCAUUUGCCUCUGCACUUGGAAUGACCUGAUUUGACUGAUGAUAUGAUAUGUUACGUACGCACGACCAUUAUGCUUGAUGAAUGACGGAUCUACGAUGUCUAAAAAUUGUCUUAAAAAAAGCAUGGGACGUGCGAGAUUAGUAUGGGAGGCGUCGUUCUUGAUUUUAUUUUAAUUUUAUUUUAAUUUUUUUUUUAUGCUUAUGUUCUUAUGACUAGUAUGAUGAUGACAAUGAGCUUGAUGGAUAAUGAUAAUGCCAU